AAGCAAAAGAAGAAAUAUUUACUUCAAUAAUAUUAUUAGUUAAUUAUUAUUAUUAUUAAACCCACUACGACUCGCCGGAGAAAGAAACACACUUUCUUCCGUUUUCCAGAAAACACAUUCAUUCAUUUUCCUUCACUUUCUCGGCGGCCAAACGCCGCAUUCCGUCCAGAAAAUGGCGUGGAAGCUGGCGCUAAUCGUGUUGUCUCUCGCGCUCCUUUUCUCUCCCUCGCAAUCGGCAGUUUUCAGCGUAGAUCUAGGUUCCGAAUGGCUGAAAGUGGCGGUGGUGAACCUGAAGCCCGGUCAGAGCCCGAUCUCGAUAGCGAUCAAUGAGAUGUCGAAGCGGAAAUCACCGGCGCUGGUGUCGUUCCACGACGGCGACCGCCUCCUCGGAGAGGAAGCCGCUGGCCUCGUCGCUCGCUACCCGCAGAAGGUGUAUUCGCAAGUGAGGGACCUCAUAGGGAAACCCUACAGUUCCGCCAAGAGGCUUUUGGACUCAAUGUACUUGCCUUUCGACGUGAAGGAAGAUUCUAGAGGCGGCGUGAGUUUCGUCGUUGACGGAGACGACUCCGUUUAUUCGGCGGAGGAACUGGUAGCCAUGGUGUUGGGUUAUGCGGUGAGUCUCGCGGAGUUUCACUCGAAGAUUCCGAUUAAGGACGCGGUGAUCGCGGUGCCGCCGUAUAUGGGACAAGCUGAACGGAGAGGGUUGGUUCAGGCGGCGCAGUUGGCGGGGAUUAAUGUUCUUUCGCUGAUAAACGAGCAUUCCGGUGCGGCGCUGCAGUACGGGAUCGAUAAGGACUUCUCCAACGAGUCGAGGCAUGUCAUAUUCUAUGACAUGGGUUCCAGCAGUACCUAUGCUGCGCUUGUGUAUUUCUCCGCUUACAAGGGUAAGGAGUACGGGAAGACUGUGUUCAUCAACCAGUUUCAGGUUAAGGAUGUCCGUUGGAACCCAGAGCUAGGUGGUCAGCAUAUGGAAUUGCGAUUGGUGGAGUAUUUUGCUGAUGAGUUCAAUGCUCAAGUUGGUGAUUGUAUAGAUGUGAGGAAAUUUCCCAAGGCUAUGGCUAAAUUGAAGAAACAGGUCAAACGAACAAAAGAAAUUCUCAGUGCUAACACAGCUGCUCCUAUUUCUGUUGAAUCACUUCAUGGUGACGUGGACUUCAGGAGCACAAUAACCCGUGAGAAAUUUGAAGAGCUCUGUGAAGAUAUUUGGGAAAAAUCUCUUUUACCUGUGAAAGAGGUGCUUGAGCAUUCUGGCUUGUCGGUGGAUCAAAUAUAUGCAGUGGAAUUGAUUGGAGGUGCAACCAGAGUGCCAAAAUUACAGGCAAAGCUUCAAGAGUUCCUUGGGAGGAAAGAUCUUGAUAGGCAUCUUGAUGCUGAUGAAGCAAUAGUUCUUGGUGCGGCACUGCAUGCUGCAAAUUUAAGUGAUGGUAUCAAAUUGAACCGCAAACUAGGAAUGAUUGAUGGUUCCUUAUAUGAAUUUGUGGUUGAGUUAAAUGGUCCUGAUCUUUUGAAAGAUGAAAGCUCAAGGCAGUUACUUGUACCACGAAUGAAGAAACUUCCGAGUAAGAUGUUCAGAUCCAUUAAUCAUAACAAAGAUUUUAAAGUUUCCCUAGCAUAUGAAAGUGAACAUCAUUUGCCACCUGGUGUUACCUCUCCUGAAAUUGCUCAAUACCAGAUAUCUGGUUUGACUGAUGCAAGUGAGAGAUACUCGUCUCGGAAUUUGUCAGCCCCCAUCAAGGCAAACAUACAUUUUUCUCUUAGUAGAAGUGGAAUUCUUUCUCUGGAUCGAGCAGAUGCUGUUAUUGAAAUAACUGAGUGGGUGGAGGUUCCUAGGAAGAAUUUGACCAUAGAGAAUUCAACGAUUUCAUCGAAUGUGUCAGAUGAAUCUGCUGCUGGGAACAGUUCUGAGGAAAACAACGGAAGUGUGCAAACUGAUAGUGAGAUUAGCAAGACAGCCAACAAUAGUGCAGAGGAGCAAGCUACUGCUGAGCCUGCUACAGAGAAAAAGCUGAAAAAGCGGACCUUUAGGGUACCAUUAAAGAUUGUUGAGAAGAUGACAGGACCUGGAAUGACUCUUUCAAAAGAUAUUCUUGCUGAAGCCAAACGAAAAUUACAAGCACUAGAUCAAAAAGAUGCAGACAGAAAAAGAACAGCGGAAUUAAAAAAUAAUUUAGAAGGAUAUAUAUACACUACUAAGGAAAAGAUUGAAACUAUUGAGGAGUUUGAAAAAGUUUCAACAAGUGAGGAACGCCAGUCCUUCAUUGAGAAGCUUGAUCAGGUGCAAGACUGGUUAUAUACAGAUGGUGAAGAUGCAAAUGCUACGGAAUUUCAAGAGCGUCUGGAUCAGUUAAAAGCUGUUGGAGAUCCAAUUUUCUUCAGGUUAAAAGAACUUACAGCUCGACCAGCAGCAGUUGAGCUUGCUCAUAAAUACAUUGAUGAAUUGAAACAGAUCGUACAAGAGUGGAAAGCAAACAAGUCUUGGCUUCCACAAGAAAAAGUAGAUGAGGUUAUAAAUGAUGCUGAAAAGUUAAAGAAUUGGUUGGAUGAGAAAGAGGCUGAGCAAAAGAAGACUUCUGGAUUCAAUAAGCCAGCUUUUACAUCUGAAGAGGUACACUUGAAGGUGUUUGACCUGCAGAGCAAGGUUAGCAGUAUUAAUAGAAUUCCUAAGCCCAAGCCUAAGGUUCAGAAGCCUGUUAAGAACGAAACAGAGAGCAGUGGGCAGAAGACCGAUAAUUCCAAUUCUAACUCAACUGAUAGUUCCACGCCAAGUGAUCCUUCAGCUGACAAUUCAGAAGGCCAGAAUGAAGAAACGGUUGUUGAGCAACCCGAAGUUCAUGAUGAGCUAUGAUUAACUGGAGUGCACAUGUAGACCAAGUUUUAAUCAUCUCUACCUACAACAUUUUUAUAGUUAGAGGUUCGAGACUGGUAAUGGUAGAAUGGAUAGAUGAAAAGGAGGCAGUAUCAGCUUUUAGCGAACAGGAUAAUAGAGUUGAGGCAACAUUUCUUGGUUGAGUGCUAAAAUUUUGAGGUUAGAUGGCUAUUACUGUUGUAGAUGAUUAAUUUCCCUUAUCGAUUUGGGGGAGCAAGAUGUAAUUUAAAGCCAUAUGAAAGGUUGUGUUUGCCGAACCACAAUGUGAUAGGGGAAGAAAAAAAACCGGAGAUUGGCUCAAGACAUCAUCCUAUAGAAAUUUUCCUUCAGUUAGCUCAUAUAGUUCUAAACGAUUUCCUUUUCUUCAUAGAAGCAGCAGAUGCAAAAGUUAGUUUGCUAAUAAUGUCAUGCAGCGCAAGAAUAAGAUAAAAUUAAAUUAGAACGUGUACGAGAUAGUGUAAAACAUAAUAUAUUAAUUGAAGUUAUAUUUUCCAAGAGGGAUCUGAAAAAUGCAUAAACAUAAGUUGUAUUGAAUUAUGUGU